CACUUAAAAAAAAAAAAAUCUGGCACUCAUUACUCUCUCCAUACAACAAACAAAGUUGCACUGAAUCAUUUCUAUUUCUCCAUUUUUUUUGUUUUGUUUGUUUUCUUCUUUACAGCUCAUUGCCGGCUGCAGAUCGAAUCAAUCUCAGAGGCAUAUUUUGUCUUCCUUUUGCGGCUGCCAAAUGGCAAUAUAUAUCAGAUAACCACAUGUUACAACAAAGACAGUUUCUUGAGUUUGGUGUCUCAGAUGAUUUUUAGCAUCUAUAUUAUGCUCGUUCAGUGCCAUUAUGGGCAUAUGUUUGAUGAAAUGUCAAUGGCCAUGGCUGCUUCACAUACUAUUCUUUGUUUUCCUAACAAACAGAAGCAGAGCUAUCAGUCCUGACGGUGAGGCACUUCUAAGCUUUCAGAUAGCAAUUUUUAGUUCGGAUGGUGUAUUUUCUCAUUGGAGACCAGAGGAUCCUGAUCCAUGCAAAUGGAAAGGGGUGAAAUGUGAUAGUAAAACCAAGAGAGUGACAACUUUGAGCCUUACCAAUCAUAAACUGAGCGGUCCUUUAUCACCUGACCUUGGGAAGCUGGAGCACUUGAGAUAUUUAAUGCUUUUUAACAAUAACUUUUAUGGAACAAUUCCUUCAGAGCUUGGUAAUUGCACAGAACUGCAAGGAAUAUACUUGCAGGGUAAUUACUUAAGCGGAUUAAUACCGAGUGAAUUGGAGAACCUAUCUGCACUUCAGUAUCUGGAUAUCUCAAGCAACUCCCUUAGUGGAUCUAUCCCUCCUUCAAUUGGGACCCUAGAUAAGCUCAUUGCAUUCAAUGUGUCCAACAAUUUUCUGGUUGGCCCUAUACCAUCGCAAGAUGUUUUCAGCAGCUAUACUGCAAGUUCUUUUGUUGGGAAUCGCGGUUUAUGUGGAAAGCAAAUCAAUGUAGUAUGCAAAGAUGAUAACGGAGGAGCUACAACAAAUUCCAGAUCUGGUUCUGCUCAAACUCAAGGCGGUAAAAGGAAAUACUCUGGAAAACUUCUCAUUAGUGCAUCAGCAACUAUAGGUGCACUACUUUUAGUGGCACUUAUGUGUUUCUGGGGUUGCUUCCUAUAUAAGAAGUUUGGUAAAAAUGAGGGAAGGACUCUGGCCAUGGACAUCAGCGGAGGUGCAUCGAUUGUUAUGUUUCAUGGAGACUUGCCUUACUCUUCUAAAGACAUCAUUAAGAAAUUAGAAACUUUGAACGAGGAAUACAUUAUAGGUACUGGGGGGUUUGGGACAGUGUACAAGCUUGCAAUGGAUGAUGGAAAUGUGUUCGCUUUGAAACGAAUUGUGAAGUUAAAUGGGGGAUUUGAUCGUUUUUUUGAAAGAGAGCUUGAAAUUCUUGGAAGCAUAAAACAUCGAUACCUUGUAAACUUGCGAGGAUACUGUAAUUCACCCACAUCAAAGCUGUUAAUCUAUGAUUUCCUUGCUGGUGGUAGCCUCGAUGAAGCUCUUCAUGAACGAUCUGAGCAGUUGGACUGGGAAACACGCUUGAACAUUAUUAUGGGAGCAGCAAAAGGAAUGGCCUAUUUACACCAUGAUUGUUCUCCUAGGAUCAUACACCGUGACAUAAAGUCCAGCAACAUUUUACUUGAUAGCAAUUUGGAGGCUCGAGUAUCAGAUUUUGGACUUGCCAAACUGUUGGAGGAUGAAAAGUCUCAUAUUACAACCAUUGUUGCGGGAACUUUUGGUUAUUUGGCUCCAGAGUACAUGGUAAGUGGGAGAGCAACCGAAAAGACGGAUGUCUAUAGUUUUGGAGUCUUGUUGCUUGAAGUCUUAAGUGGAAAGAGACCUACUGAUGCAUCAUUCAUUGAAAAGGGCCACAACAUCGUUGGCUGGUUAAAUUUCUUGAUCACGGAGAAUAGGCAACGAGAGAUUGUAGAUCCAAAUUGUGUGGGGAUGCAGGUAGAAAUCCUUGAUGCCUUGCUCUCAGUCGCCGUCCAGUGUGUUUGUUCAACCCCAGAGGAUAGACCCAGCAUGCACCGGGUGGUGCAGUUGCUCGAACCUGAGGUUAUGACCCCAUACCCGAGCGAUUUUUAUGAUUCCAGCUCUGAUUGAAUAGUCGAAUCAAUAAACAAAGACGCAUUAGGUUCACGUCCAUGUUUGUUUGUUAUAAAGUAGUGCAAGCAAGAAAACAAGCACUAAACGAGCUCGAAAUCGGCAGCUGCAACGUUCACUUUGCUCGUUUCAUUGAACUCUUUACUCAGAUGGAGUUCGAAAGGUAUAUUUGAAUCCCAAUCUGAGCUGUUGAAUGGAAGUGGAAUUUAGGUGCAUAUUUGUCCGUCGUUUGGCAUGGGUGAACCUUAGGUACUACUCAUUUUAUUCAUUCUAGUUUUGCCUUUAUGAAAUCAGCACUGUAAUCUCCCUUUUAUGCUGUCCUUUUAAGUACAAAUUCAUAAUGUUUUGGCUAUUGGCAGGUCGUUGUUUAUGCCAUUUUUGUAAGAUAAAAUCUUCAUUAUUACGGUAAUAAGUUGGCUUUAUUAUACUAUAAGCAAAAUUGAACUUA